GAAUGCACGAGUCUCUGAGUUUGUGCACCUGCAGGGGAAACAAAACCAAACACACAGGAUAGCCUUUGAGCUUGCCGGGAGGAAAUGCGGCUGGAUGUGAUGGUGCAAACCUGCCGUGAUCAGGAGUUCAUUGGCUACAAGAGAGAAAAGGGGCGGAGAAUGGGCACAGAGGACAGAAGGCCUAGAGGGAGAGAAAAAGACAGGGGGAGAGGAGACAAGGAAGAUGCUUUCAAGACAGACGGGCUCACGGGCGUUCCGACGGCCACAGAAGACGCACAGAGCUCUUGCGCCAUGUGGCCGGAGCUAGGUGCCGUGCUGCGCGGGACCUGUGGGCCGCUGGGCAGGACUGUUCGUCUGCCUUGUUGGGGCGCCCUGGGGCCUAGGCCCCGCUGGUGGGGGCCAUGUGGGGGUUGUUUGGUCCGAAGUGUUCAUCGAGAGCGGCCCGGAAGAGGCCUAAGUGAGGACGACAUUCGCAGGGCACGGGAGGCCCGGCUCAGGAAGGCACCCCGGCCACAGCUGAGUGGCCGCUCUCGAGAACGCAAAGUGCCUGCCACCCGCAUCAGUCGCCUGGCCAGCUUCGGGGGGCUGGCGGUGGGCUUGGGCCUGGGAGCACUGGCUGAGGUGACCAAGAAGUACCUGCCCAGAGGAGGUCAGCAGCAUGAGGUUGUCUCUGGACUGGACUCCAGCCCUUUCCUUUCUGAGGCCAAUGCUGAAAGGAUCGUGCAGACCUUAUGUACAGUCCGGGGAGCUGCCCUCAAGAUCGGCCAAAUGCUCAGCAUCCAGGACAACAGCCUUAUCAGCCCCCAGCUUCAGCAAAUCUUCGAGAGGGUCCGCCAGAGCGCUGACUUCAUGCCCCGCUGGCAGAUGCUGAGAGUGCUAGAAGAGGAGCUGGGCGAGGAAUGGCAGGACAAGGUGGCCUCCCUGGAGGAGGUGCCCUUCGCCGCCGCCUCCAUCGGGCAGGUACACCGAGCUGUGCUAAAGGAUGGGACUGAGGUGGCUGUGAAGAUCCAGGCCUAUUUGCUGAGCAGAGCCUGCAGGCCCUGCAGCAGGAGCUGGCUUGGGAGUGUGACUACCGCAGAGAAGCCACCUGUGCCCAGACGUUCAGAAUGCCGAGCAGCGCACACUCAAACUCCCUGUGUAGCCGAGGAUACCCUUGAACUCCACCUCUCCAGUUCAGAUUGUAGGCACGUGCCGCCACGCCCGGGUGUCAGGGGUGGACUGUUACAUAUCAGGAGACACAGGAAGCUCUUGGCUAGUGACCCCUUCUUCCGGGUGCCAGCUGUGGUGCAGGAGCUGUGCACUACGCGUGUGCUGGUCAUGGAGCUGGCUGGGGGAGUUCCUCUAGACCAGUGCCAGGGCCUGAACCAGGACAUCCGGAAUCAGAUCUGCCUUCAGCUCCUGAGACUGUGUCUGCAAGAGCUGUUCGAGUUCAGAUUCAUGCAGACAGAUCCCAACUGGGCUAACUUCCUGUACGAUGCCUCCAGCCACCAGGUGACCCUACUGGACUUCGGUGCAAGCCGGGCUUUUGGAACAGAGUUCACAGACCAUUACAUUGAGGUGGUGAAGGCUGCAGCAGAUGGAGACAGAGACCGAGUCCUGCAGAAAUCCCAGGACCUCAAAUUCCUUACAGGCUUUGAAACCAAGGCAUUCUCUGACGCCCACGUGGAGGCGGUGAUGAUCCUGGGGGAGCCCUUUGCUGCCUCAGGUCCCUACGACUUCGGGGCCAGAGGGACAGCUCGCCGAAUACAGGGCCUCAUCCCGGUGCUGCUUCGGCACCGGCUGCGCCCACCGCCUGAGGAGACCUAUGCUCUGCACCGCAAGCUAGCUGGGGCUUUCUUAGCCUGUGCCCGUCUCCACGCCCACAUCGCCUGCCGGGACCUCUUCCAAGACACCUACCAGCGCUACUGGGCCAGCCGCCAGGCACUGCCACUGCCAGCAGACUCCUGACCAGAGGGACCUCCCUGUCGACCCCACCACGAUGGACUCCAUCCGGGGGUGCCCGCCCCCCAGCGGGCCGCCCCUCCCCCUUGGUCCUGGUCGCAGAGCCUAGUCCCCUGCCUUGGAUCUCCGGGCCCUGGAGUUAGCCCCCUGAUCCAGUGGCCAUCCUCGAAUCUGAGGCGGGGAGUCAGCAGAUUCCUGCCUGCCACCAUCUCAGUGAGCCCUUGGCCCCUUCAUGGGGUCCACUCUCAUCUUGAGGGAGCACCCCUCGGCCCCAGGUCUUCCGUGAUCCGCAGACGGAAGGGGUGACUGCUGGCUGGUGGGGGCGGUCCUCACCUUUGCCUCUCCGGCUCCUCUCCCAGCUGCCUUCUUCACGGGCCCCAGCCUGUGUCUUGGAAGGUGGGGGUGGGUGCUGAGCCUUUCCUCUGAAUAAAGGCCUUUCCCUUCCCCCCA